AUGGCACACAGAAAUCUACAAAAUUUUAAUAAAAUGCCUCCGAGCCAAAUACCGGAGAUCUCGGAUUCCGUUGAAAUGCGCCAUGAGGUCUCUGACUACCUACAAAUGGUAUUUUUCCUCACCUUCAUGCUCAUCGGCCUUCCCGUUAACAUCUCCACUCUAAUCUACAUGCUGGGGCGAUACCGCCGUGCGAAGAGCUUUCUGCUUCUCCUUCACAUAAACCUUAACAUUUCCGACUUGCUAGUGCUGGGAGCCUAUGUGCCAGGACUAGUCGGUUGGUUGAUCACCCUCGAAUGGAGAGGGGGAGCUCUGCUGUGCAAGGUAAUGCGGUUCGUCGACGUCUUCGUUUUGUCUAUCAGUUCCAAUAUUAUGGUGUGCAUCGCGCUCUACCGACUCUACGCACUGCGCCACCCACUGUGGAUGUCGGCCCUGGGGCACAGCCGCUUCCGCAGGAUGCUUCUGGGUAGCUGGCUGUUGGCCGCCGUUUCCAUGCUGCCACAACUAUACGUUUGGAGACAGGUGGACUUUGGGAGAAUUCGUCAGUGUGUGACAAUAUGGACAGAAAAAAUUGUUUUGAAUUGGAACCAAAGCCAAAUGACGGAACUGGACUUCACGCUUAUGAAGCUCUACGGGAUUCAAAAUGCCUUCACCACAUUCUAUGUACCCUUAGUGAUUCUUGUUAUUUGCUACGACAUCUACAAAACUCUUAACUCGAAAACCGAACAAGAAAUGUCGUCAGCGUGGUACCUUACUGAGUUAAGCAAGAACUCCAUAGCAACCAAAAAGCCGCCCAUGAAGAGGAAAGAAAAGGCUGGAACAGUACUGCUGAUUCGAACGGUGCGAGGCCAGGACAAGCUUCGUCAUGCGAAGAUACGCUCGCUGAGGAUAACACUACUGCUUAUUCUGGUCUACGUCAUCACAUGGCUUCCAAAUAAUCUUCUUUCAUGGUGGAUGGUGAUUUCGUUUGACUCCUAUCGCAAUUAUCAAGACGCUAUGUUCCCACUGGCGUUUCUCGUUGUGCUGAACAGUGUGAUAAACCCAUUCAUCUAUGCAAUCAUAAAACAAUCUAAAAGCCGAAAGAGAUGCAAAAGUCUUCAUGGCAGCCUCCAGCAUGGUUUUUUGCGGUAG